AGAAAGUAUAAAUACAAGUAAGGAGCCAAUCAAGCUUGUUGAUCACACAAAUAGAAAUAUCAUUUUUUGAUUAGAAAUUAUCAUAACAGAACAGACAAAGACACUUCUCUCUCCAUCUCUAAUAGAAAGUCUGUGAAGUCCUCUCUCUCUCUCUAACACCAUUUUCAACAAAACCCAUUAUACUCUCUCUUUGUCCAAAUUCAUUGGACAAUUGCAAAGAGAAACAGAGAGAACUUCACAUGGGUCUCUGUUUUUCCUUUCUGCGCCCCUCCUCUGCACCCCCUCAAUCUUCUUCCUUCAACAGACCUCUUUCUUCAGGUUCAACAAGCACUGUUGGAUUCUCAGCAACUACAAGCAGUGCUGGAAGAAGCCAAUUCUCUGAGGUAGCAAGUGGAAGCAUUGAUGAUACUACUGAUGGGUCUCUUCCUUUUCCUUCACCAAAUGGUCAAAUUCUUGAAAGACCAAAUUUGAAGGUUUUUAGUUUUAUUGAAUUGAAAGCUGCUACAAAAAGCUUCAAAUCUGAUACAUUACUUGGUGAAGGUGGUUUUGGAAAAGUUUAUAAAGGUUGGUUAGAUGAGAAAACUCUUUCUCCUACUAAAGCUGGUUCUGGAAUGGUUGUUGCUAUCAAAAAAUUGAACUCUGAAAGUACUCAAGGAUUUCAAGAAUGGCAGUCAGAAGUUAACUUUUUGGGAAGGCUCUCUCACCCAAACUUGGUGAAGCUAUUAGGUUAUUGUUGGGACGAUGACGAGCUUCUUCUUGUGUACGAGUUCAUGCCAAAAGGAAGUUUGGAGAAUCAUCUCUUCAGAAGAAAUCCUAACAUUGAACCACUUUCUUGGAACACAAGAAUCAAAAUAGCUAUUGGUGCAGCUCGUGGUUUGGCUUUCUUGCAUGAUUCAGCAGAUCAAGUUAUAUACAGAGAUUUUAAGGCUUCAAAUAUACUCCUUGAUGGGAGUUACAUUGCAAAAAUCUCAGAUUUUGGAUUAGCUAAAUUGGGGCCUUCUGGGGGACAAUCACAUGUAACUACCAGGGUCAUGGGCACAUAUGGUUAUGCUGCUCCAGAAUACAUUGCAACAGGACACUUGUACGUGAAGAGUGAUGUGUAUGGCUUUGGUGUGGUGCUGUUAGAAAUCCUAACAGCCAUGAGGGCAUUGGACACAAAGAGGCCAACAGGACAACAAAACCUAGUUGAAUGGGUGAAACCUUUUCUGUCCAAUAAGAAAAAAUUGAAAGGCAUAAUGGAUGGUAGAAUAGAAGGACAAUACUCACCAAAGGCAGCAGUACAAGCAGCAGCACUUUCUCUAAAGUGCUUAGAAAAUGACCCUAAACAACGUCCUUCUAUGAAAGAAGUACUUGAGUCAUUGGAAGUUAUUGAAGCAAUUCAGGUCAAAACCAAAAGAUCCAACAACAAUUCUCAUCAACCUCCAGUUCUUCAAGCUGCUAGGCACCAGAGAGUUGUGAAAGUAUAAUUUUUUUUUUUUAAAGGAAACUUAGGUUGAAUAGAAAAUAUAGGCUGGAUCAGUCCCUUAAUACAUGUAUUUUUUGUUUUAUAAAAAAAUUGAUUUUUUCUUUGUUCUGGUCGUGGAGGGGUAGAUUAUUUUAUUGGGCCUCUUAACUAUUCUAUGAUUUUUUGUUGUUGAAUUAUUCACAUUUUUAAUGAGUUGGAAAAUAUUUGGCAUAUACAACAUGGUUAAGCAGAA